UUGAUAUAAUUAACAUAGAUUAAAAGCUCUAGUAAAGAGCCAGGUCUUGAGUGCGAGGGUCAAAGGCCUUAACUCACGCAUGGCUCUCAUAUAGGGCCAUAUACCGUGCCAUAUAUACGGUAUAUAUGGCAAACAUUCAAUGGCCUUUAUACACUUGACAAGACCGCCCAUGCAGGGAGCUUUGAGAGGGUUGAACAGAAGUUCUCUGAAGCUUUAGGUGGUCUUACUGCCUAUUAGUAGAAAGGAUAGAGAGUUUCCUCUAUGCUGACGAUCAUGCCAUUACUGCUCAAGCAGAGAGCUUUAAAAGGGUUGGUCUUAGUUGUGCAAAUACUCCCUAGACACCAAAAUCUGGUGUUCCAGGCUCAGCGAUGAGUCCAGGCGAACAUCCAGACAGCGAACCCGUGCCUUCGGGGCGAAUAUAAUCCUAUAUAUACCCUGUUCGGCCUUGCAACCGGCCAGGAGGACUUCUGUCUUGUCUGGAUCCAGUUCCAAAAGAACACGGACACAAUGGGAAGUUGUAGACAACGGGGUCCGGUGAAUCACCAGAAAUUGGUUCAAUUGUACAGACUAUCGAAAGCCAGUCUUGUCAGCAUCAGCAGGGGCAGGAAUGGCGAGAUUUUCACGGGAAACGGGACUUCCCAGUUUCGGUCCGCUCCGUGCCCUGUGCUAUUCAGAGUCAGAUGCAAGAAAGGAGAACUUGACGCGGUGGCGAUGGGCUAUCUUGGAGGAAAGAGCGCAAGGCCUCGCAGGCAGGAAAGCAUGUGUUUUGUGGUUGUGGGCAGUCCUUGUGCCGGAUCGAGCAGGAGCCACGCUCAGAGGGUGCCGGACACUGCGCCGAGAGAACGGCUUGCGCCUGCUCUUCCCUUUGCGUCUGCCUUUCAGGGAAGGAUUCGGAGCUUGAACAGGUCGGGACCCAAUCUCCACGAUGAAGCCGUAUCUCUGGAUGGCCCUGGUUCUCCUGGCGGCGGAAGAAGCAGAUGCUUUGCAGGCGCCCGAACUCUGUUACGUCUUGGACGGCAUCCUCUUUGUCUAUGGCAUCGUCCUGACAUUCUUGUACUGCCGACUCAAGAUCCAGUAUCGAAAGAAAAUGAAAAUCCUUUCUUCGGAGAAAACAGAAGGCAUCUAUACAGGCCUUGCCGCUCAUGACCAGGAAACCUAUACGACGCUAGAACUCCCAAAGUUGCAGAAGGAGCCCUCCCGGAAAGAGCCCUUGAUGGGGUAGACGCAGAUCCUGACAUUUCAUUAUAUUUCCAUGCUAUGUUGUAUAGCAGUGUAGACAGUAGAAUGUACAUCACAGUAGUAAACAAGCCCAGCUUUCAGCUUUGCAUACUGCGUAUCUCUGCUUUCCAUCAUGAUUUCUAAGGACCGGGUGCGGAAAUAAACUUGAGCUGUGAAACCAA